AGUAGUAUUAAUAAUUAUAUACCCAGGUAGCACACGGUGAUACAUAUACGUUUUAUAUACGUUUCCUAAACGUUUAUAAAGUCUUAUUGUUAGAUACGUUUAAGAAACGUAUUUAAAACAUAUAUUUACCACCAUGUGCUACCUGGGUACUUUUUCAGUGAAUUGUCAAACACCUCCAAGGGCACCUCCAAGGACACCUCCAAUGACGCCUCCAAGGACACCUCCAAGGACACCUCCUGUUUCCGAACCUCGAUACGUUGGCGACAUUCGAACGCCACAUUUAGCUACACCUCGACGGGCAAAAAGAGCUAUAGCUCUGACACGACGAGUUAUCGGUCAACAUAAGAAGACUAUUAAAUCAUUGCAACAGUCACGAAAUAGAUUACGUGCGCGUAUAAAAAGCAUGAAAGACUUGUUAACUGAGUUGAAACGAAAGAAUUUAAUUUCUGAAAGUGCGUUCGACAAUUUAAUGGUAAAGUUUACAUUACAACGUUACUGAUAACUGAUAACUCCAAUUGUAAAUGCAACUAUUUUGAAGUUAAGAAUUAAGAAUUAGUUAAAAAUUAUUUAGAUAAGAAUUUGUAUAUAGCAUAAAUUGUCAAUGAAUUUUUAGAAUUCAUACGUAAUUAUAAUUUUAUAUAAUUUGCUGUCUUACAAUGGAUUGAUUUACACUGAUUUAUUAUAAAAAUUCCAUUAUUAUUUCAAUAUUUAGAAUGGAAGUCCUGACAUCAUAC